AUGUUGAUAUAUCCAGUCAAAUUAAACAAGGAGAUUCGCUUCCAGGAAACGGCGUUGCCAUGGCCGAAGAGUUGUCUGGGUAAUAGCAAUGACGGGCUGACGUUCUGGUUGGCCGAGGAGAAGGACUAUGUUGACGUCAUGGGCAUUUCGGAUAACAUUUAUCGAGGUAAUGACUACCUUCCUCAUCGCUACCACUCCUGGAUGACUGAGCCAGGUAGAGUCGUCAUGCUGGCCAGGCGGGGAGACAAACUGGUGGCGCUGGAGUCGGGUCUGCUGGUUGACGACGGCUGUACGGUCGUGGUGGAGGGCCUGAGGGUGUGUCCUAGCGAGAGGGGGCGGGGCGUGGCGGGGGUCAUCCAGCGGUUUCUAGACGACUACCUACAGAAGCUCCACCCCUCCAUCAGGGUCAAGAGACUGACCAGGGGGGUCGAACCCGGAGCGGAGAGACUGGCUAAGUUCACCCUGCUGGCCAAACGGGCUGUUCUAUCAUUGGUUGGUGAAGCUGUCAGUUUCCACACAUUCUCAUCUCACAUCAGGAACAAACUACACUCCAGCACAGGAACAGGAAGUGACUCGGGUAAGUCCGUCCCUCACCUGGUUCCCCUGGACGACAAGCAGCUGAGGAAGGUUCUCCUGGACCCAGACCUGCCCUCCAGGGCCCAACUUCCCGGCGGCGCCAUCAUCCAGGACUGGCAGCCCUUGCAGCCAAUAGAAGCCAACCUAGAGAUCCUGAGGAGGCGGGAUCUAUCCUGGUUGGUCGACGACCAGGAAAAACCCACCUUCCUCAGCUUCUACACUCCUCCUUAUCCAAUCCCGUACGAGGGAGGGUCCCUGCGCCUCAACAUCGACAUGUUUGGAACGGACGCCAUCUUUGCACGGGCAGCGCUUGUCGGACAUUUUGAGAAGGUUUUGGCGAGCGGGGUGUUUAGUGGCAAUGGGAUGCUGAUGCUGCGUGUGCACAUGGACUGCUCACUGUGGGAGGGCCUGCAGGGUUUCUGUGAGGGCUUUGAAGGGGUGAGGAAGUUUAGAGGCUACUGGGAGCAGGAGUUUCUGGAAAGACAGUUUUAGAGGGGCAGGGGAGGGAGAGAGAGCUGUUUAAAAAAAGUUAUUUAGCUUUUAUCCAAAGAAAGGUACAGCACAUGGGGGAUUUGAACCUUCUAUAAUUUGUUCUGCAGUUUUUUAAAGUUUCAUAUCUUCCACUGGAUGGACCCAUUGUCCUCCAUGUAUCUGUAUCUGUCGCUUUCUGCUUUCAUUCCAAUGCAUUUUUGUCCUGUCUGUAUCAGAGCUAUCAUAUAUAAUGUUUCUAUAUUUGUAGAGCUAUAUUAAAACUUUACGUUUUAAGUACCACU